AUGUUUAUGCCACAACAACCUCAAUUAACACCUGAACAAAGAGCAUUUCUUCGUCAACGUACGAUUGCAACUGUCUCCAACUUUGCUCUUGUUGUCUUGAGCAUUCGUGCCGCUCCUUUUGUGAUUGAACAAGUUAAAAAGUUACUCUAA